CAACUGUUGAUAUGUUCUUAACAUGCCUGAUAAUAAUAAGUGUCCGAAUACGACAGCGGUGAAAAACCAACCAAAACACGAUCCAAAUUCUCCAGUUCCCCUCACAUUUGACUUUGACUUUGAAAACUCCACACACCCCCCUUCAUCAAACCCCCAAAUCUCACCUCAAUUUCUCCAUCUCAACAACAACAACGAUCUGUAAACUGUAACAAUGGCCGGACUCCUUACAUACAUCAUCGGCGGCACCGGCUUAUUCCUCAUCGGCGCUUCCGAAUCCUUAAUCUCCACCACCCCAACCCUAACCCAAAUCUCCACCCCAUCGUCAACACCCUCAAAAAAAUCAACCCCUUUCAUCUUCUUCACAGCCUCUUUACUCUCCUUCUUAUUCAUAUCAAAUUCCUUUAUCUCCAUAACCUCCGCCCUCAAAUCCCACGACCAAACCGGCGUCGUUUUACAACUAGAAGUCAUCUCAAUUGCCGCUUUAUUCUUACUACUAUCCAUUUUAGGUGCAGUGACACAUCUCAAAAAUUCUGUUAAUAUUCCGUCACAUGUGAUCAACCUGCUAUGUUUAUUCGGGUUUGUUGAAGAGUUCUUUUUGUUUUAUAUUCAGAAGAAAGACCCCGAUGGGAUCGAAAACCGGUAUUAUGAUCUGUUGCUUGUGCCUAUUUGUGUUUGUAUUGUAUCCACGCUUCUUGAAUUGAGAGAGGAGGGUGCGAAGUAUUCGCGAUUGGGGCGGGGGGUUGGGUUGGUUAUGCAGGGGAUGUGGUUUGUGCAGAUGGGGUUGUCGUUUUAUUCGGGGUUGAUUACGGAUGGGUGUUUUAUGAAGAAGAAGAGUAGGGGGAAUUUUACGAUUUGGUGUAAAGGGCAUCCGGAGUUUCAUAGGGCUAGAGCGGUUGCUACGUUGCAGUUUAAUUGUCAUCUUGCGUUGCUUGUGUGUUUUAUUGCUGGUGGGUAUAGUUUGGUUAGUAGGAGGUAUGGGGUGAGUGGUGGAGCGAUGGAGUAUAAGCCGCUUGGAGCGGAAAUGCAGCGUGUGAGUAUGAGUCAUCAUGCGCAGUUUACUUUGGAUAGUGAUGAUGAUGAUGAUGAUGAAGAUGGCGUUAAAGAUGAUGAGGGGGUGGAGAAGAAUGUUGUUGUAGUCGCUGAGACGGGUGUCAAUGGUUAUGGUUCUCAUCACUGAGGUAAUUCUAGGUGGUUCAGUAAAGUGUUUGUUUGUUUGUUUUGUUGUCGAUUUUGUAGGUGAGAUUAGAGGGUACAUUGUGGUUCUUUAUGUUCGAUAAAGAUUAUGUUAUGAACUUAUGAUUUUGAACUCUUUAUACAAUCUAAUACGUUACCAUUUGCUCUCUUGUAAAGCAUGUAUCGAAUCUUCAUUGUGUUCUUGUGUUGGUUUAUGGAUCUUGGUGAUGAUAGUUUGAAA